GUACCUCAUCAUGUCUGAGAAAGAAGAAAAACAAAAAUUCUUGAUCAUGCAUGACGUGCAAAACCAAUUGUCGUUGUUUAGCCAAAAAGACUGAGUAUCUGCAGAAAUCUUAGCCGUUUAAUCAUAUCAAAGACUGAGUCUUUAACUCGACACACAUGCGCCAUUUCCUCUUUUGUCUUGUUACCAAGUAUCCAUUUCCAUUAGGUUUCUUUCCAAGUUUCAAUCCUUUUGUUUAUCCAACCGAAGGAAACGAUAUUCACUCACCAAUUAGGUAACAAUCAUUCACAGUUCCAUAAUUUCGACCAUUUUCCUCAUCAGACUCAUCACCAAAAUCUAUACACUUUGAUUUGUGUGCUCUGCUGCACCACAAAAUCUCUGCUAUCAAUAAUAAGAAUAAGAGCCUCCCAUCAUCUUUAACUAAAUCCACUAUAAAAAUCCUCAUCCAAAACUGAUAUACCCACACACCCAAUUGCCCAUUUGAAUUUCUCUUGCAUAGUUUUCAAUGGAGAAAUCUGGGUAUGGCCGUGAUGGUAUUUUCAGGUCUCUUAGGCCACCUCUGGUCUUACCCAGAGACCCAAACCUCUCCAUGGUCUCUUUCCUCUUCAGAAACUCCUCUUCUUACUCAAACAAACCUGCCCUCAUUGAUGCCGAGUCUUCUGAAACCUUGUCCUUCUCUCAGUUCAAGUCCUUGGUCAUCAAGGUCUCCCAUGGCUUACUCCAUUUGGGUAUUAAGAAAAACGAUGUUGUUCUCAUUUUUGCUCCGAAUUCAAUCCAAUUCCCCAUUUGUUUCCUUGGUAUUACUGCAAGUGGUGCCAUUGCAACCACUUCCAAUCCUCUUUACACUGUCUCAGAGUUGUCCAAGCAAGUGAAAGAUUCAAAUCCCAAGCUUGUCAUAACUGUUCCUGAAUUGUUUGAAAAGGUGAAGGAUUUCAAUCUCCCAGCAGUGAUUUUGGGGUCACAGGGUGCUUCCCACAUUGUAUCCAGGUCAAAGAUUCUAACUUUCCAUGAUUUGGUUGAGUCAGCUGGGUCUGCCUCAGAUUUCCCAUUGGCCAAUAUUAAGCAGACCGACACAGCUGCGCUUUUGUACUCUUCUGGUACAACAGGCAUGAGCAAAGGGGUAGUUUUGACACAUAAGAAUUUCAUUGCCUCAUCUCUUAUGUGCACAAUGGAACAAGAAAUGACUGGAGAAAUGCACCAUGUGUUUCUUUGUGUUUUGCCAAUGUUUCAUGUGUUUGGGUUGGCAAUUAUCACAUAUUCACAGCUGCAAAAGGGCAACGCUGUUGUGUCCAUGUCUAGAUUUGAUCUUCAGAAGAUCUUGAUGGCUGUUGAGAAGUAUAAGGUGACCCAUUUGUGGGUUGUGCCUCCUAUUGUACUUGCCCUGGCAAAGAACAGUGCGGUUAAGAAGUUUAACCUUUCUUCAUUGAGGCAUAUUGGUUCAGGGGCAAUUUAUAAUUAUUUUUGUAGUGUUUGUCUCUGGAAUGUGAUUGACCCAAAUGGAUUUAGACUACAAAGUUUCCUUGUUUCUCAGGGCUAUGGUAUGACAGAAACCUGUGGAAUCGCUUCAGUGGAGAAUACGCUAGUAGGGCCUCGGCAUACUGGUUCAACUGGCAUGCUUGUUUCAGGAGUUGAAUGUCAGAUAGUCAGUGUAGACACCCUGAAGCCUCAGCCUCCUAAUAAGUUGGGAGAGAUAUGGGUUAGGGGGCCUAAUAUGAUGAGUGGGUAUUUCAACAACCCACAGGCCACCAACGAGACAAUAGAUAGAAAUGGUUGGGUACAUACGGGAGAUCUUGGAUACUUUGAUGAAGAUGGACAACUUUAUGUAGUCGAUCGAAUCAAAGAGCUCAUUAAGUAUAAAGGCUUUCAGGUGGCACCAGCAGAACUUGAAGGGCUGCUAGUUUCUCACCCUGAAAUAUUAGAUGCUGUUGUCAUUCCGUUUCCUGAUGCCGAAGCUGGUGAGGUUCCGGUUGCAUAUUGUGUACGCACUCCAAACAGCUCACUGACUGAAGAAGAUGUCAAGACUUUUAUAGCUAAUCAAGUUGCACCUUUCAAAAGACUACGAAGAGUAACAUUCAUAAACAGUGUCCCCAAGUCAGCAUCAGGAAAAAUCCUAAGAAGAGAGCUCAUUGAUAAAGUACGGUCCAAGAUAUGAGAUUGAUGGGUCCUCAUUCUAAUGUUUGCUUUGGUAAGGCAGACUAGCCAGCAGGGAACACAGCAUGUUCCUUGCACACGCUUUAAAGUUGCAGGUAUCUUAAGGUAUUCAGUUUGGUUGCCAUUCUUUUUCUGGAAGAAGGGCAGGAUGUAGCUCGAAAUACAAAUAAUGUAGGAUUCUGUUCAACAUCUGAGCAAUAAGUCUUUGCAUUAAAAUUAUAAGAGCAUUUUCAUUAUGUUCAAAUAGCAACUCUCAAUUUACAUAAAACAAUAGAUAGCAAUAAGUCUUUGGGUGGUUUCUUAUAGCAAUGUCUUUAUGUAUUGUUGAAUUCUUUAUUGCUCAAACCGGCCAAAGCCAAUCCGAGCAGUUUGACUAAAUGUGUAAUCUUGGAUUGAAUUUAAUCAAACUGCAAUUAUUUCGUCUCUA